GAGGGUCCUUUGCGCAAGGCACUCUAUGUCUAUCUGUCCCGGCAGAGGGUCUCAAAGGCUGUCCUUCUCUAAAAAAAAGGACAAAGCUCGUACAACUGUAAGUCGAUGCGAGAGCUAAAGCAAAUUCACGGUCUUAUAAUCAAUCGCGAAUAUUUGGAUUUUGUCCUAAAUAAAUGUGGAAUGCAUCUCUGCUGCGUCCAACUUCCAUUUUGAAGUCUGCACUAACAACCAUGCUCGACAACUGUAAGUCGAUGCGAGAGCUAAAGCAAAUUCACGGUCUUAUAAUCGCUUUAAACCUAUCUCAAGAUGAGCAUUUCAUGUCCAAACUACUUUCCUUCUUAGCGCUUUCUGAUUCAGGUGACAUCAAUUACUCCUGCUGGGUUUUAUCCUCUCUCGUAAACCCACAAAUCUUUCAUUGGAACACAGUCAUUAGAGGGUGCUCGAAGAGUAAAAACCCAAACCGAUCACUAUCAGUUUUUAUCAAAAUGUUGAAUGCUGGAGCCCUUCCUGACUACUUAACAUUCCCGUUUCUAGUCAAGGCAUCUUCUCGCAUUGUAAAGCGAGAACUAGGCUGUUCUGUUCAUGCUCAUAUUCUUAAACGUGGGUUUGAGUCUGAUAUCUUUGUUUCGAAUUCUUUGAUUCAUAUGUAUGCAUCUUUUGGACAUAUUAUAUUUGCCCGGAAGGUUUUUGAUGGAAUGCCCGUUAACAAUUUGGUAUCAUGGAAUUCCAUGGUAGAUGGCUAUGCAAAAUGUGGAGAUAUGGAAUCAGCCCGCAAGCUGUUUGAUUUAAUGCCUGAAAGAUGCGUCUUGUCAUGGAGUUGUUUGAUUGAUGGUUACGUUAAAAAUGGUGAUUAUGGUGAUGCUCUGAUUGUUUUUGAUGAAAUGUGUGCCUCUGGUUCCACUCCCAACGAAGUUACCAUGGUGAGUGUAUUAUGUGCUUGUGCUCACUUAGGUGCACUUGACAAAGGAAGAACAAUGCAUCAUUACGUGAUUGAUAAUGGCUUGCCACUGACACUAAUCCUACACACCUCUAUUGUGGACAUGUACGCCAAAUGUGGAGCGAUCUGCAUGGCCAUUGAUGUGUUCCGUAGCUAUCGGGCAGGACCCGGUGACGUAUUACUUUGGAAUACUAUGCUUGGUGGACUUGCAACUCACGGUUUGGUCAACGAAUCGCUCAAUCUGUUCAAAGAAAUGAUUUCCACCCGUGUUAAGCCCGAUGAGAUCACCUAUUUGAGCUUAUUGCAUGCUUGUGCUCAUGGCGGGUUAGUAAACGAAGCUUGGUACUUCUUUGGUUGCCUUGGGGCACAACGAACAAACGUCACGAUUGAGCACUAUGCUUGUAUGCUGGACGUAAUGGCUCGUUCUGGUCAAACAUUAGAGGCAUACUGUUUCCUAAGUCAAAUGCCGAUAGAGCCAACUGCUUCCAUGUUGGGUGCUCUACUGAACGGAUGUAUGAAUUAUGGGAAGUUAGAACUUGCGGAAAUUGUGGGAAAGAAGCUGGUUGAGAUGGAACCACACCAUGAUGGUAGGUAUGUUGGCUUGGCAAAUGUUUAUGCUGCCAAUCUACAGUGGGAUGAAGCGAGAAGCAUGAGACAAACUAUGGAAAGGAUGGGGGUCAGAAAAUCUCCAGAUCUUCUGCCCUUCAAGCAGCGUGUUAUUAAAAGAUGAUAUAGCAGAUUCGACAUCGUUGUCUGCAGAAAACGUGACAAACCCAUACCCACUUGAUUUUGAAGUCCCUGGAGCUCGGCAUACCUUACCACUGACAACCUUCAUCCCUUUCUAUUGUAUAAAGUUGUUCAACAUGCAUUUUUUAUGGAUUUUGGAUUACGAACCAUAAGAUACACUCCCCACCCAGCCCCUCUCUUUCAACCCAAAUCAACUAUCAACAACAAUAGAAGCCUAAUCCCAUACAUAUCACAAUGUCUAAUCAAAACAUGACCAAACAAACAUACUUGGCUCUCCUCUAUCUUCUGUUCAAUUGAUGAUACAUCACUUUCAUGUUGAUCUUGU